UUGGGUGAAGUAGUUAGCAGGGGUUAAUAGCUGUAUCAUAUGACAUCAGCAGUCCCCCACCUGGACAUUCUACUGUAUCCUGGAGAGUCUGGAAUUCUGUGAUGUCACCAGUGUUGUGGCAACGCCAACUGCCCUUGAGGCAUUCGUUCAGUGCCUGUGUGGUUCACCCACAGCCAUGCUGACAGGACUGAACAGGCUGCUUGGGAGACAGGAUGGAGAGCGCAGGGAGACCAGAGAGAGGCACAGGGAAGAAGGCCUUCAGUCUCCGAGACACACAUCAAGAAAUAAAUGGUUCUGGGGAAAGCACAGGAGUACUGGAAAGGCACGGACCUCAACCUUCCUCACUGAGGAGGAGCAGCAGAUGAACAAGGUUGAUGAACUGACCCUUCAGCUUCAGAUGAUGACCAAUGAAAGGAAUGAACUUCAUUCAUUCCUGGCCAAUUAUACCAACAAUGAUGUGAACAACAGGCUGAAUUCUGAACUUGAGAUCAGAAUUCAUCAGAAGGAGACAUCAGUGCUGGAGAAAUUCCCCAAGGAAAAAGAAAUUAGUGAGGCCUCUUCCAAGUGCAAGGAGCUGACUGAGAAGACAAACUCCUACCACCGACUUCUGAGGGAAAGGACACAGAUGAAGGAAAAAGUGGACAUGUUGAGACAGGACAACAGAAAGCUGCAGCAGGAGCAGAUCUUCCUGCAAGAGUCCUGUGAGGAGACAAAAAGGCUCUGUGAGGAGACCUAUGAGAAGAUCUAUGACCUCUUGACAAAGCAGCAGCAGGAACAUCAAAGACUGGAGGAACACCUUCAAUUCUUACUGAAGCAGAAGGAACUGGUUAUCCAGCAAAGGGACUUGGCAGGAAAGCUGCAGCAUCACUUCACUGAGUCCCAGAUGAGGUUUGAACAUAACCAGCACGAACUGGAACAGAACACGGCCCAGGAGGAGAGCCUCCUGCAGAUGGAGCUGCUGCAGCAGGAGCACUAUGUGCCAGCACCUCAUAAGAGAACUGAGAAGCCUGGAGGAAACGAGAGACACCUUGAAGGCAUGAUAUUCUACAUUCCAGGAUCCAGGCCACCUCUGAAAAAGCCACGUCCUCUCUCCUGUGAGCAUUGAGGAAAAUAUCAACCAAUCAUCAGAGGAUCCAGCCACAAUCUGAUCCGUCUCUGUUGGCUCACAAUUUCCAGAGAAAAGAUUGUAUCAGAAAUAAGCUUGAGAUUCAGAGGACACCCCACAAAUUACUCAGAAGCCAAACAUCCAUCAGCAAGUGGGCAAAACAACAUGGAGGGAGAUAUGUGGAUGAGCAAGAGUUAUUCUGUCAAGGGCUUUGGCAAGGUGACUCCAUGUGUGAUGUGGAAUCUGACAAGGAAGACUCUGUCACACUGCUAUCCAGACAGACCACACACAAAAGCCCAAGAUUCUCUCUCUAGUGCAGAGCUGACGCUGACCCCAUAUCACGUAUAAGUGUUGCUGAAGAUAAUUCACUACAGAGACUAAUCCACAGCCUCCUGGCUCAUGUUAUUGAUUUGCUUUUUCUUAAAGAAAAUUCCAAAGGGAAGUGGAAAUUUUGUUUGUUUGGUUGUUUUUGUUAUGUUUUAGAUUGUUUUGGUUUGGUUUGGUUUAUAUCUUGGGAUAUCUGUUCAUUAGUUUUUGGUUUUCUUCAUUUUAGUGUAAGGUUUUGCUAUGUUUUGUUAUUUCAUUUGUUCUUUCCAUUGCUUUUAUAGUUUGCUAAGGUUACACACUGUCUGUAAUGACCACUGUCUUAA